AUGACCAAUGAUUUGAAUGGAGAUUCCAGCUAUGAAAUAUCCGAGGAUUACCCGUUGGUGGAAUCCUUUGAAGAUUUGGGUCUUAAAGAGGAGAUUUUAAAAGGAAUUUUUGCUUAUGGUUUCGAUAAGCCUUCUGCGGUACAACAAAGAGCAAUUAAGCCCAUUUUGGAGGGUAGAGAUGUCAUUAUCCAAUCCCAAAGCGGGACAGGUAAAACAUGCGUCUUUUGCCUCGGAGCUCUUCAAACCGUUAAUUCAAACGUAAGAGAAACCCAAGUACUUCUUUUAUCACCAACCAGAGAAUUAGCUGAACAAUCUCAAAAAGUCUGUUUAGCCCUUGGUGAUUAUUGCAACGUAGAGGUCCAUUGUUGUAUUGGAGGAAAGAAAGUGAGCGAUGAUAUAAAGGCCUUGGAAUCCGGGGUCCAGAUAGUUUCAGGAACACCCGGAAGGGUAAAUCACAUGAUAACUGACCGUCACCUGAACACCCGUAACAUUAAACAGCUGAUUUUGGACGAAGCUGACGAGAUGCUAAAUAGGGGUUUUAAGGAACAGGUGUACUCAGUAUAUAGAUACUUACCACCUACGAUUCAGGUGGUUCUAGUAUCAGCCACACUUCCUCACGACGUCAUUGAGAUCACUAACAAGUUCAUGAAUAACCCCUUCAAGGUCCUGGUGAAGCGUGACGAACUAACGCUCGAGGGCAUUAAACAGUUUUUCAUCUCAGUGGAGAAGGAGCAGUGGAAGUUCGACACCCUUUGCGACCUCUAUGAGUCACUAAUAAUAACACAGGCAGUUAUCUUCUGCAAUACCAAAGAGAAAGUUGACUGGCUUGCGAAGAAGAUGAAGGACGCCAACUUCGAAGUGUCCAAAAUGCACGGAGAAAUGUCCCAGAAGGAAAGAAACGACAUUAUGCAAAGAUUCAGAAAAGGUGAAUCUAGGGUUCUUAUCUCAACUGACCUUUGGGGAAGAGGUUUAGACGUCCAACAAGUGUCUCUUGUUGUAAAUUAUGACUUACCUAAUAGCCGUGAGAGUUAUAUUCAUAGGAUUGGGCGUUCUGGUAGAUAUGGCAGGAAAGGAGUUGCCAUAAACUUCGUAAAGGAUGAUGAUAUCCGAAUCUUGAGAGAUAUUGAGCAGUACUACUCGACUCAAAUCGAUGAAAUGCCAAUGAAUAUUUCAGAACUGUUGUAA